AUGUUGGUGGUACGUGCCGCGGAGCGGCACGUGCUCCUCGGCGUCGUGCGCCUGGGGGAUCUGGGCUCGCUGUCCGAGGUCGGCUAUCGGACGCUGGACGGCAGCGCCCAACGCGGGGUGGACUACGAGGCGGCGUCGGGGCUGCUGGUCUUCCAGCCCGGCCAGCGCGUGGCGAAGGUGCCCGUGGCGCUCCGCGAGCGCGAGGCCUGGCGCCCCGCCGCCGCCUUCCACGUGGAGCUGCUGGCCGAGGGCGCGGUCAACGCGCGGCUCGACGGGAGGCUCCAGAGGACCCAGGUGGCCAUCAGCUCGAGCGACUCGUUCCCGACGGGCCGGUACCGCAGGGAGCUCCGGGAGCGGCGGCUGGACCAGGUGCCCAAGUGGGGGCUCUUCCUGGAGUACUGUAAGAUGAACUGGAGCCAGCCUCGCGUGCGGAGCGGCAGCAUCAAGACCAUCCUGGCUGGCCAGCUUCACAACGUCCACUUCGUCCUCCAGCUGCUCCUCAACCUGUGGCUGGUCGACUACGUCCUCGCCGGGCGGGUGGAGCACGCGUACAGUGCGCUCGCCCUCAUCAUGCUUGCCCACGUGGCGCCGCUGGCCGUGCUGAACAGGCUCGACGUCCGGAAGCACACGUGGGGCGUUGGCGGUGGUUCCCGCAAGGUGCUGCAGACGAGCCUGCUGCAGAAGGUGCUCCACAUGGACCAGAGCGUGCACCGGGCCUGCAGGCCCGGCGACGUGGUGAUGGCGCUAUCGCGAGACUCCGUCGCCCUGGUAGCGAAGGGGUACCACAGCAUGCUGCAGCUUGCCGAGGAGCUGGGGCGCUUCCUGAUGGUCCUCGGCUGGCAGCUGGCCACGCCGGCCAUCUCUGGGCAGUCGCUGUCGCCGGCCGACACCAUCGGGCCGCUCGUCGUGAUCCCGCUGGUCAUGGCCGUCUUCCUGUGGCUGCGCAGCGGCAAGAUCCGGGAGAAGCUCCUCGAGGAGACCAGGAGGGAGAACAUAAUGGUCGACCACAUCCACGACUCCCUCCAGAACUGGCGCCUGUUCGCCGCGUUCGGCCGCGCCGACGGCUGCCUGGUGCGCUUCGUGAGGCGGAUCGACGAGUACCAGGAAGUGCACCAGGAAGCGAACUUUGUGCGCGUGGACAACUCGUACUUCAUGCAGUGGCUGACCACCGUCUUUGUUGCCCUGUACAUCGUCUACGGGGGCUCGGCAGUGCUGCGGGGCGGCGUGUCCCUCGGCCUGUUCCUGACCAGGCUCAAUGUGCUCAACAAGGUCGGAGAAGGCUUUGGACGCAUAUACAGGCUGCUGGAGGGGAUCGCCCACGUGUUGCCCUCGCUCGAGCGAAUCACCCUGCUCAUGCACGACCCCAGCGACUUCCGCCGGUCACGGAGCGGGCGGGACUGUGUCAGCGCGAUGCUGGAGACGAUGGAGCUCGAGCGGGGCUCGCUGCGUGACUAUGGCCUCGAUCUUCUGCCCAUCAGGGUGCAGGGGCUGUCCUGCGGAUACACCAUGUGCACCAAGUCAGGGGAGGCCGUGCGCUCGACUCGGCUCUCGUUCCAGGGCAGCAUGGAGAUCGCACAGGGGCGGCUCGUGAUGUGCGUGGGCCCCCACGGUGAGGGCAAGGCCACGCUGCUGAAGCUCCUGGGCGGCACGAUGUUGCCGGAGGCCCCGCGCGGCGCCUGCCCGCCGCAGGUGUUCGUGCCGUCACACCUGCGCGUGCUCUACGUGGACAGCGAGCCGCAGUUCUUCUCGGCGGCUACAGAGGGGCGCCACGAGCGCGUCGCCUCCAUAUGCGGCAGGCUCGGCUUGCGCCCCGAUGUGGUGCGCCUGCUCUGGCGUAAGGAGAGCUUCGCGUGGCAGGGCGUGCUGUCUCGUGCGCAGCAGCACCUGCUCAGCCUCGCCCGGGGCCUCAUCGCCAACCCCGACGUCCUGUGCAUCCAGGAGCCCGUGCUGGGCCUCAGCGACGAGGCGAGCCGCCGCGUGAUGGAGGUCCUGCGCGAGUUCGUCGCCGGCCGGGGGCUCGAGAUGGACCCCGAGUCCUGGCACGCGCGCGCCCCCAGGACCUGCGUGGUGGCCUGCUCUGCCACGUCGCACGCGGCGCUGGCGGACGACGUGUUCCAGGUGAGCCGCACGGGGGCGGACGACGCGUCCCCUCGGCGCAUCUGCCGCCUGUGCGCGCCGGCGGCGCCCCCGCGCGAGGGCGGGCAGGCGGCGCCCCCCAGCGCGGCGCCCGUCCCGGCCGAGGGGCCGCGCGGAGCCGCCGUCGUCUUCAGCUCGCGGCUGUUGCUGCUGCUGCUGUGGCUGGUCUUGGAGUUGGUCGUGCUGGUCAUCGAGCUCAUGGACUCCCUGGCGGCGAAGCUGGUCGCAGAUGGGGAUGCCGAGGACAAGGCGUUCCACAAGUAUGUUGAGUGGUGCGACGAGACGACUUCGAAUCAGAAGUAUGACAUCGACACCGCCACCACAAAGAGCAGCGAGCUCGAGGCCACGAUCACGAAGGCCACCAGCGAUAUUGAAGCAGCUGAGGGCAAGAUAGGCGACCUGGCGGGCAAGAUCGCGAAGGCAGAGGGUGAGCUGAACGACGCCGCGCUGAUUCGCAAGAAGGAAGCGGCUGAAUUCUCAGCCGGCGAGGCAGAACUCACGGACACUCUGAGCGCCCUGUCUCGCGCGGUCGACAUUGUUUCCAAGGAAAUGGCGAAGAACCCCGCCGCCUUCGUGCAGAUGGAUGUCUCGGGCGUGGCCGGUUUGGUCACUGCUCUCAGCACAAUUGUGGACGCUGCGUCCCUCGGGGGGGCGGACAAGGACAGGCUCGUCGCAUUUGCGCAGGAGCAGCGGGAUGCCGCUGAGUCGGACGAGUCUGGCGCCCCUGACCCGGCAGCCUACAAGUCACACAGCACAGGGAUCUUGGACGUCCUCGAGGAUCUUAAGGCGAAGGCCGAGGAGCAGCUCGCCACCCUGCGCAAAGAGGAGUCGAGCACUCGGCACAACUACGCCCUUCUAAAGCAGAGCUUGGAUGACGAGGUUGCCUACAACACAAAGGAGCUGAACGAGGAGAAGGCGUUCAAAUCUGACACCGAGGAGGCGAAAGCGUCUGCCACCGCGGAUCUUGCAACGACCGCGACGUUGCUCAAGGACACAAAGGCAGCGAGGUCGGCAACGCAAGCCGAUUGCAUGAAAUUGGCGACAGACCACGACGUCUCCACCGCAGGCCGCACUGCCGAGCUGAAUACGAUCGCCGCUGCGAAAAAGGCGCUUAUGGAGACAAGCUCUGGCGCCGUGGAGCAGACGUACUCCUUCAUCCAGAAGGUAAGCUCGCACCUGCGCACUGGCGCAGACCUGAGGGGCGCCGAGGUGGCCCGCUUCGUCAAGAGGCUGGCCAAGGACCAUCACUCUGAGGCCCUCGCACAGCUGGCAUCCCGCAUCACAGCGCUCAUGCAGUACGGCAGUGGCGCUGGGGCGGAUCCCUUCGUAAAAGUCAAAGGUUUAAUUCAGGACAUGAUAGAGAAGCUCGUGGCCGAAGCUGACGCGGCAGCGACCGAGAAGGCCUAUUGCGACGAGCAAAUAGCCAAGACCGAAGCGAAGAAGUCGGAACUCGAGGAUGACAUCGCCAAGCUGACUUCCAAGAUCGACACCAAGAGCGCGCACUCGGCCAAGCUCAAGGAGGAGGUAAAAACGCUGCAGACGGAGCUGGCCUCGCUGGCCAAGGAGCAGGCAGAGAUGGAUCAGAUCCGCUCUGACCAGCACGCAGCCUACCUCCAGGCCAAAGCUGACCUCGAGCUUGGCCUGGAGGGCGUGGGCAAGGCGCUGUCCAUCCUCCGCAAGUACUACCAGGGUGGCGGUGCCGCCAUGCUCCAGAGCCAGCAGCCAGCCAAGCCCGUGUUCCACAGCAAGGAGUGGCUGCGACUGGGUUCGCAGAAGCCGCGGGCUCCCGAGCAAUGGUCCGCUGGUCUCCUCACCCCAAACGGGCUGUGGUGGAUUCUGGAGGUCGUCGAGUCAGACUUUGCGAAGAACCUUGCCGACGAGGAGGCGACCGAGGCUGAUGCGUUGUCCUCGUACGGAGCAAGGACGCAGGAGAUCAAGGUGUCUGCGGCGACGAAGAGCCAGGAUGUGACAUACAAAGUGCAAGAGUUCAAGGGCUUGGACAAGGACGUCAACGAGCUAUCGUCUGACCGCACGUCCACCAACGAGGAGCUGUCGUCGGUGCUGGAGUACUACGCUAGGGUGAACGAUCGCUGCAUCGCCAAGCCGGAGGCGUACGAGGAGCGCAAGGCCCGCCGCGAGUCCGAGAUACAAGGAUUGAAGGAAGCCCUUGCGAUCCUGAACGAGGAGACCGCUGCUUCGCUCCUGCAGGCGCGCAAGCACCGCUCCCUGCGCCAGGGGGCGCUCGCCGCGUGA